AUGACCGACAAGGCCCGCAUCACCAUGUCAGCCCCUGAUACCCUCCUUCCCGACGCUCCAUAUGUGACUCCCGUCGAGGCUACUGGACAUUCCAACUACUUUCGGAACUGCUGGCUCGCAUUUGCCACGUUUAUCGUGCUCAGCGUCGGGGGAACUAUAAUAUGGUACACCUGCUCAGAACCUGUCAAAGCGUUCUCGGAGCCUCCUCCCGCAUACAACGUCAGUGCGUGCCAAGCCUGCUCUCGACUCAACUACACCGACAUGCGGCCGUCCAAGUACCGUCAGUACAACGGGGUUGAAGACAUUUGCCCCAGCUCGUUGUUUCCUGGGGAUAACGUGGAAUGGCUUCCGAUGAAACCGAUUUCGUCGUCGUGUUGCUGCUCCCUCACAGUUCCAAGUCGUGAAGGUUCCGACUACUACUACCGAAUCGACUAUCCCUAUAUGGUUAACGCCACCGCGUCCGACGCUUGUAUUUGCAAGUACAAGUACAGCCAAAAGUACAACAUGGGAACACAUCGAGCAUGGAUCAUGCUGUUUAUUAUGGGCGGCAUUGGAAUUGUGAUCGUCGUGUGGUGCUGUGUGUUGGGUUGUCAGGCUACACUGUGUCGCACCUAG